AUGACGAGUGCGCCGAUCACGUUCGUCACGGGGAACCAGAACAAGCUGCGCGAGGUCGAGAGCAUUCUAUCCUCGGACAACGGGGCGGCGAGACUCCGCGUGGUGGCGCGCAAGAUCGACCUGCCCGAGCUGCAAGGCGAGCCGGACGACAUUGCGCGUCAAAAGUGUUUGCUAGCCGCGCAGCAAGUCGGCGGCCCGACGCUGGUCGAGGACACAUGCCUGUGCUUCCACGCACUGGGCGGGUUGCCCGGGCCGUACAUCAAGUGGUUUCUGGACAAGGUGGGGCACGACGGGCUGAACCGGAUGCUGGCGGGAUUCGAGGACAAGCGCGCGUACGCGCUGUGUACGUUUGGGUACUCGCCCGGCGUGGAGGGCGAGGAGGCGGUGGUGUUUUCCGGGCGCACGGAGGGCCGGAUCGUGGCGGCAAGGAAGAAAGGGGACGGGCCCGCCUUCGGGUGGGACCCUGUAUUUCUGCCAGACGGGUUUGAGGAAACGUAUGCUGAGAUGGACAAGGAGGUGAAGAACGGGAUUUCGCACCGCUUCAAGGCGCUCGAGAAGGUGAAGGCGUACUUGGAGAAAGAAGGGGGAUGAGGAAAAGGAAUUGCAGCACACGUGUGCCACGAAGCACAGAUGCGGUUGCUGUGCCCUAAUAGGGAGUUUACGCACGCACAUGAGAAAUGCCGUGAGACAAAUUUCUUGUGACGGUGGGGUCAUGCGCGAUGGUGGCGGGUGGUAGCCAAUGGAAAUGCGAGACGUGUCUCUAUUGUUUUGCAACGUGAGAUCGAGGCUGACGCAUUGGAGCCGUUUGAUCCGCCUUUUCAUCCCUCGUUCCUGUCUGAGCUCGACCGCACGGGCAAUUCCGAAAAGCGCCUCCCGAUCAACUCCACCCACCAAUUAAAACUUUAUGGAUGCGCCCCCUCCCCCGCCACGA